UGUGUGUGAGAGAGAGAGAGAGAGAGAGAGCGAUUUAAUAACUCGUCAGUCUUCAGCAAAAGACACUGCAGCAUUCAUCUACUCUACUCAUCACCCGUCCUAUCAGGUUAGACAGACACACACACACACACACACACGGUUAAUAUGAGGGAACGUUUGGGACCUGUGCAGUGAAAGUAUGGAUGACCUGGUGAGUGUGGCCUACCUCCCUGGAGCUGGCAGCAGAGCCUGGGACUAUUUUAGUCUCCACCCCUGCCUGCUGUGUGACCCUGCUGGGGCACUGCCCAUCUGGAGAGAGGCCAGUCUGUCUGUGUGGGGAUGGGGGGGUCUAGGAGUGGUGCUGUUCCUCAUCACUUUUGGGCCCUUCGCUGUCUUCUAUCUGGCCUUCUAUAUCUUCUGCUUCGUAGGAGGUGGUUUUGCGGUCACUCUGUUGUUUGGGAAAACCAACUCAGAGAGACACCUAGAGAGGUGUGAACACUCCUAUCUUCCGGCCACGCAAACGGGUAUACUGAAGACAUUGGAUGAGAUGAGACUGGAGCCGAAGCCUAUACAGAUAGACAGGAGACUGACUGGCUCCAACUACAUAGACGAGCCUCUUCAACAGGUCAUCCAGUUUGCUUUGAGAGAUUAUAUCCAGUACUGGUAUUACACUCUGAGUGAGGAUGAUUCUUUUCUGCUGGAAAUCAGACAGACGGUCCAGAAUGCUCUGGUACAGUUCUCUACACGGUCUAAAGAGGUGGACUGGCAGCCUUAUUUGACCACCAGACUGGUGGAUGACUUUGCUACUCACCUUCGAGUCUUCAGAAAGGCCCAAGACCGACUGGAGGACAGUAAACAGAGGGACUUGUCGGAGGAGAUGGUGGAGUCAUUCUUUGAGGCGGAGGUGGAGAUGGAGAGGAACAUCUGUAGAGAUGUGGUCUGCACCUCCCUGAAGGAUGAAGAAGGGUUCCUGAGGGAUCUGUGUGAGGUGCUGCUCUACCUGUUACUACCUCCUGGAGACUUCCACAACAAGAAUAUGAGAUACUUCCUCAGGGAGAUUCUGGCGCGAGGCGUUCUCCUUCCCCUGGUCAACCAGCUGAGUGAUCCUGAUUACAUCAACCAGUUUGUUAUCUGGAUGAUCCGGGACUCGAGCUGUAACUACGAGGCUUUUAUGAACAUCUUGAAGCUGACAGACAGAGUGUCUGAACUGGAGGCUGUUAAAGACAAGGCCCUGGAGGAACUACAGUACCUACGAUCACUGGACACUGCAGGAGACGAUAUCAAUGUAAUAAAGAACCAGAUCAACAGUCUGAUGUUUGUGAAGAAGGUCUGUGAGACCAGGAUACAGAGGCUACAGUCUGGGAAAGAGGUGGAUGCUCUGAAACUAGCGGCAAACUUGGGCAAGCUGUGCAUCAUACCACUGGAGCACAUUCUGGUACACAACAUCGCCCUGCAGUUCUUUAUGGACUACAUGCUGGUGGCUGGGGCACAGGCAGAGCUGUUCUUCUGGCUGACAGUGGAGGGCUACAGAGUAACAGCCCAGCAACAACUAGAGGUGAUGGAGGGAUGGCAGAAGGAUGGAAAGAAGGGAGGAGACACUAAAGGACUGCUGAAAGCUGCAGCACUAGGAGUGUAUGAGCAGUACUUAUCUGAUAAGGCGUCCCCCAGGGUGCAGGUAGAUGAGGCGUCUGUUCUCCAACUGGGAGAGAAGCUGCAGAAGGACAGCGACCCCACGCCAGAGAUAUUCGACGACAUCCAGACAAAGGUGUAUGACAUGAUGCUUCGUGAUGAGAGGUUCUACCCGUCGUUCAGACAGAGUCCUCUCUACAUCAGGAUGUUAGCGGAGCUGGACAUGCUCAAAGAACCCUCCUAUAGAGGAUCAGAUGACGGAGACGGAGAAUCGUUCAACGGUUCUCCAACAGGAAGCAUUAAUCUGUCUCUGGAUGACCUGUCGAACUCCUGCCAUGAUGACAAUAUACAGCUACACGCCUUCAUCUCUGAUACAGUAUCUGAUGCCUGUCUCCCCGGGGCUGGGUUGGGGUUGGGACUGCUGGGUGUUACAGGGGUGUGUAACGACCACGGCAAGACCUACGCCCUCUACGCCAUCACUGUGUUGCGCCGUAACCACGACGGCAGCGAAGACUCCUGGAAGACCUACCGACGCUACUCUGACUUCCACGAUUUCCACAUGAGGAUCACGGAGCAGGUGAAGUUUGAGAAUUUGUCGGCGAUCCUGAAGCUGCCGGGGAAGAAGACGUUUAACAACAUGGAAAGAGACUUCCUGGAGAGGAGGAAAAAAGACCUGAACUCGUACCUACAGCUGCUGUUGAAUCCAGAGAUGAUGAAGGCCUGUCCUACUCUGGUUCAUUAUGUCUACGACUUCCUGGAGAAUAAACAGUACAGCAAGGGGAAGGGAGACUUCGCUCGCAAGAUGGAUACGUUUGUGAACCCCCUGCGUAGCUCGAUGCGUAACGUGUCCAUCGCUGUGAAGGGCCUGCCAGACAGUCUGGCUGGAGGGAUGAACAAGGCUGCUGACAACAUGGGACGCAUGUCUGAGAAACUGGGACAGGACAUCAAACAGGCCGUGUUCAAGGUGCCUCCACUGCUCCCCAAGUCUGACUUUGACCCAGAACACUGCCGAGUCUCGGCCCAGCUGGACGACAACGUGGAUGAUAACAUCCCCCUGCGUGUGAUGCUGCUGUUGAUGGAUGAGGUGUUUGACCUGAAGGAGAGGAACCAGUGGCUCCGCAGGAACAUCAAGAACCUUCUGCAGCAACUCAUCAGAGCCACAUACGGAGACACUAUCAACAGGAAGAUCGUGGAUCAUGUGGACUUCAUGACAGCUCCAGAACAGGUGGCCGACUACGUCAAGAAGUUCCGGGAUUCGUACUGGCCCAACGGAAUCCUGGCCGAGUCUUCACCACGCAGGGACAAGAACAUCCGCAUGAGGACGAGGGUCGCGGCCAAGACCAACCUAUUGGGAAUCAUGCCAGAUGAGUUGAAGCACAUCAUCGGGGCGGAUACGACUCGUAAGGGAAUCCUGCGUGUGUUUGACAUGUUCCAACACGGACCAAUGAAUCGUCGGCUGGUCUACGUGCUCCUAGAAGGGUUCCUGGAGACCAUGUUCCCUCACUACAAGUUCCCUGAGCUGUUUGUUAAACUCCACUCUCGCUCGCCGCGCACAGCCAGAUACACACAGAAAGUCAAGAGCACCUUCCCGAAGAGGUGACAGGAGACUGGAAGUGGGCAGGGUACUGGGUGACACACGGUGUAAGAGAAAAGAGGGAGGAGAGUUGUGGGGAGGGUGUGUGCUGUUGAGAAGAGGAUAACGUGUGUGUGUGUGUGUUCUGCCCUCGUUCGAAGGGAUUGUUGGGACCAUCCUAGUUGUUAACUCUGCCCUGCUCUCCACUUCCCCUACGUGCCUCACACACACUCCUGUAGCGUGGACAAACUGAUUGGGGUUUUAUUUGUUUUAUGCUAACUGUUUUAUUGUCGAUGUGUUGUCAGACUGGCACAGCUGCUGUGAUAUGCCGAGCAGGUGAUCUCACUUCCUGAUACCAGGCCACGUAUACAGAAAUAGAUUGAUAGGGGAGGGGGGAAUGUGGCAUAGAGGAUGCCAUGGUUUGUGAGACAGAAAGCGUCGACCACAUCCGGUUCUGCAAGGCGUUUGUUUGUCAAUGUGACAUCAUCAUCCUGUCAUAAUCCUCUAGAACACGAGGAGGCUGAGUUUGAUCUAAAGUCCACUCCCCCUUUUUAAUGCGCCUGCCAGUACCCAUGACAACCACCGCUCUAACUGUUUUUGUUUGUUUGUUUACGGGGAUGAUGGACAGCGCUACUGUGCUUCAUGUGAAUCAUGUGGAAAGCGGAAUGAACAGCUCCCCUGCCGGUGAGGCCUGGGUAAAUGUGAAAUGGCCCGUUCUAAUGGACUGAUAGUCUCAUAGUGAUCCACUACAUUUUGGAAUGAGACAGAAUGAAAUGACAGGCCAGACUGUGAAUGUUGCUGUCUGUAGAGUAGAAUGUACUCACUGGGUGUGUGUGUGUUUGAGAGUGUGUGUGUGUGUUUGAGAGUGUGUGUGUGUGUGUUUGAGAGUGUGUGUGUGUGUGUUUGAGAGUGUGUGUGUGUGUGUUUGAGAGUGUGUGUGUGUGUGUUUGAGAGUGUGUGUGUUUGAGAGUGUGUGUGUGUGUGUUUGAGAGUGUGAGUGUGUGUGUUUGAGAGUGUGUGUGUGUGUGUGUGUGUUUGAGAGUGUGUGUGUGUUUGAGUGUGUGUGUGUGUGUGUUUGAGAGUGUGUGUGUGUGUGUUUGAGAGUGUGUGUGUGUGUGUUUGAGAGUGUGUGUGUGUUUGAGAGUGUGUGUGUGUUUGAGAGUGUGUGUGUGUGUGUUUGAGAGUGUGUGUGUGUUUGAGAGUGUGUGUGUGUGUGUGUGGCAGUAAGAUGCAGCCCUCCCCAGUCAGACACUGUGCCAGUGUGGGGCCCAUGCUGUAGUAUCAUACCACUAAGUAACAAAGAGAAAACACACUGAUAUCCCUGCUAUAUUACACUUUCUUUCAGAGAAAAUUUCAUUUUGUGCAAUAUUUUUAUUUGACGCCUGAGUUUUUGAGUAAUUGUAUAAAAAUGGAAAAGUAUACCGUUUUGGAAAAAUUGUAGAAAAGGUGAAAGAUUUCUUCCCCCCUUCCCAAAGAAAUUCUAACCCGACAUUCCGUUGUAAAAAAAAAAAAAAUCAACAUUUAAUUGCAGACUCGUUUUAUACGUCUUUUUUUAGUUAUUAUUUUAUUCCUGAUGAAUGUGGUUUCCAUGCCGAUGUGUCAGCAAGAGUGAUCUAGCCAGUCGAGCUAAAGCCUCUGGAUAGAAAGCUAUAGUUCAUUGGUCGAGAGAUAUGGUGGAAGGGCUUAUUAUGCAUAUGAACCUGUUGAUUGGAGAGUGAACAGAAAUUAUUCACUGUUGUAUGAACCAAUGACAGGAGAGACUUUGGGUCAUCUGUCCAAUCAAAUCGCAGGAAAGCCAUGUUUCUGUAGAAUCCCUGCUAAAUAACGCUUAGUACCGGAGUUCUUUCAUUCGCCGAACAGAGCUCCAUUCCACUGCUGCCAUUGGAUGGAACUGUCCCUCUGCUGUGAUUGGCUGGCAUGGAAUAGCUUUAGACAGUGAUUGGCAGUGUGAGGACAUGAAUUCUGAGCUGUGUGACUUUUAAAAGCAAGUGGAUAUUUGUCCGCGGACAGCAGAAGGUGACAAGGGGAACCCCACAGGACUUCAUCUUUAAAGCCUCCAUUCAGGAAGUCUCGGCUGUUGAUGUCCACAGGGUUUACCCCGCGUCAACCUUUUCCUGCGUUGGAUUAAUCAUUAAAUGAAUGGGGCACAGAAUCUAACAGAGGAACACAAUAUGAGACAACACUGCAAGCAUCAUGUACGUUUGAAUGAAGCGAUGCUAUGAAAAGCCGGGAUCUCCUAGUACAUUAUGAAUCUAUGAUAAUGAACCAUGUGCAUAUCUGUGUACCGUACGUGUCUAUAGUGUGCCUAAAUGUUCCGUCAACUCUAUUUUCAUAUUGUUCAUUAACAAAAGAUGAGGAUCAAAAAGAAUGUCAUGGUCAUUUUAGACUGAAGAGAACUCUCAAGGCUCUGGAGCCAGAGAACUCUAAAGACUCUGGAGCCAGAGAACUCUAAAUGCUCUGGAGCCAGAGAACUCUCAAGGCUCUGGAGCCAGAGAACUCUAAAGACUCUGGAGCCAGAGAACUCUAAAUGCUCUGGAGCCAGAGAACUCUAAAUGCUCUGGAGCCAGAGAACUCUAAAUGCUCUGGAGCCAGAGAACUCUCAAGGCUCUGGAGCCAGAGAACUCUCAAGGCUCUGGAGCCAGAGAACUCUCAAGGCUCUGGAGCCAGAGAACUCUCAAGGCUCUGGAGCCAGAGAACUCUCAAGGCUCUGGAGCCAGAGAACUCUCAAGGCUCUGGAGCCAGAGAACUCUCAAGGCUCUGGAGCCAGAGAACUCUCAAGGCUCUGGAGCCAGAGAACUCUCAAGGCUCUGGAGCCAGAGAACUCUAAAUGCUCUGGAGCCAGAGAACUCUCAAGGCUCUGGAGCCAGAGAACUCUCAAGGCUCUGGAGCCAGAGAACUCUCAAGGCUCUGGAGCCAGAGAACUCUAAAGACUCUGGAGCCAGAGAACUCUAAAGACUCUGGAGCCAGAGAACUCUAAAUGCUCUGGAGCCAGAGAACUCUAAAUGCUCUGGAGCCAGAGAACUCUAAAUGCUCUGGAGCCAGAGAACUCUAAAUGCUCUGGAGCCAGAGAACUCUCAAGGCUCUGGAGCCAGAGAACUCUCAAGGCUCAAGAAGCUGGGGUGGUCAACCCUCCUUCUGGAGAACUUUUUCUCCAACCCUGCUCUAUUCUAACACACCCAAUUUAACCAAUCAAGGUGUUGAGGAGGAGGAGCAGCAGCUGUUUAGCAGGACCAGGUGUGUUAGAGCAGAAUCCUGCUCAGGAUGGGUAGCUCUCCAGUUGGAGACUCCUGUUCUGGGGUCUUUUUUUUUUUUUUUUUGCAUCAUGGUUAUCAAACUAUUCAUUUGGAAACGCUGAACUCAGAUCAGUAUAACACUAAUAAUAAAAUGGUAACUGAC